UGUUUUUGAUUGUAUUUAUCUGUAAUAAAAAAUUAGUUUUCAGAUUGAUAAAAAUGAAAAUUAAUGUAUACUAUUUAUCAUGAGUGGAAGGGGUAAAAGGAUAGCACACAAAGAACAAAUUCCUGUUAAUGAAGAGAAAGAGGGGGUUAAACCGAAAGUAACUUACGUCUUGGGUUGGUAGUAGCAAUCAGAUAGAAUUCAGUCGUCUCUAAGGCGAGUUCGGUAAAUGAGUUAGCUGUUUCUUUUUUUUUCUUUCAUCCUCUUGUUUUCUUCCUUUCUUUUUCCACUUUCUCUUUCUCUCUUCCUUUAUUUUUUAUUUUCCAUUUCUUGUCACCUGUCAUUCUUUAUAUUGUCAAAUAGUUCGAGGAAAGAAAUUAAUCAAAAUUUAAAAACGAUUCUAUAUUGAAGAAGCAAAAGGAAGAAGAAAAGAGAAAGGAUAGCUCGUGUUUGAAAAAUUGUACAGUAAAAAACGUAUAAAAUUAUACGAAGGCCAAAUCGUAUACGUACGUGUUCGAGGAAUAAACGAAUUUUUUCAAUGAAAAACUUUAUUCUAGAAUAAAAAGAAACAUUGAUGGAUUUGUUCGGAUCUUUGAUAUUUUAUCGAAUAAAUAGUAUUAAAUGAGAAUAAAGAUGUAGUGGAAAUGAAAUGUAUGUAUAAGUAAAGAAAGUAAUCGUAUAAACAAUUUGAUAUUUUCGAUAUGAUCCAUUUGGUAUCGAUUGAAAAAUCUUUGUUUAUCGAGAUAAAAUUUCAAUAAGAUUUCAAAUUAACUUGUUUUCCGAUAAAAAAUAAUACGAAAACGCGAUUGUGUUGACACCUUUCAAGAAUAUGACAUUAACGGAGAAAAUGGAGAACAUCGCGGAAAAUGCAGUCAGCAAUGGCGAAAAAAUGAAGCCGAUGGAAUUGAACAGCCAUGCUGACGCUAAUGUAGCACCAAUUUCAAAAUAUCGCGAGGCUCUACCGCAAUGCUGUGCAGUCGGUGCAAAGAAUUUGGUUCUGAUCACGUUCGGUUCUACAUUAGGCUUUUCUACGAUUUUGAUACCAGAAUUGCAAAGCAAGAAUUCUGAAAUUCGAGCAACCAUUGAAGAAAUUACGUGGAUCAGUAGUCUAAAUUUAUUUCUCGUGCCACUAGGCUGUUUAGUAAGCGGUCCGAUAUCCCAAUAUUUUGGUAGAAAACGAACGAUGAUGCUCGCAAACAUUCCGUUCAUAAUGGCCUGGCUAAUCUUUCAUUAUUCUUACAAUACCAAAAUGCUUUUCAUAGCUUUAGCAUUGACAGGACUCACUGGUGGACUAAUCGAAGCCCCAGUAAUGACGUACGUUGCUGAAGUCACUCAGCCUCGUCUACGAGGAAUGUUAUCAGCUACAUCCAGUAUGUCAGUCAUUUUAGGAGUUUUCACACAAAUGCUCGGUGGUAGUUUAGCAAAUUGGAGAACAGUGGCAAUGGUCAACUUGGCUUAUCCAAUCAUAUGUUUCAUCGCUCUCUUGUGCGUUCCCGAAAGUCCGCAUUGGUUAGCCGCAAAGGGUCGUGCGAAAGAAGCUGAAAGUGCCUUGUGCUGGCUCCGAGGGUGGGUCAAUCCAAUCCACGUAAAAACAGAGUUCAUUGGGCUUUGCGACAUCAUCAGGAAACCGGUGGAUGCAACGUCAGAAAAAGGAGAAUUUUGGAAAUCUUACAAAAAGAAAACGUGCUACGCACCUUUCAUAUUGGUGACAAUAGCCUUCUUCAUUGCUGCAUUUGGCGGUACUUCGAUUCUUCAGACUUUUGCUGUUGUCAUUUUCGAGGAAAUGAGUGCACCCAUCGACAAAUAUACGGCUGCUGUAUUUCUCGGGAUCGCCGAAUUAGUCGGCACUGUGAUCUGUGUAUCGACGAUUCAUUUUACCGGCAAACGUAUGUUAACAUUCUUCUCAUUAGUCGGAAUUGGAUUUUGUUUGCUUCUUGCGGCUAUCUAUGGAUACCUCAACGAUAAUCUAAUAAUCUAUGGUGAAAAUUCUUCCUGGAUACCAAUGACUUUGAUGAUUGCUGCAGCAUUUCUUUCUCAUACUGGUAUCAGGUUAUUACCUUGGAUUCUAGCCGGUGAAGUUUUUCCUGUUACGGUACGAAGUGGCGCAACUGGCACAGUUGGAUCAAUAGGAUACAUUUUCAUGUCGAUCGCAAACAAGACUUUUCUGUAUAUGAAGACCGGUAUAACACUAUCGGGGACGCUACUUUUUUAUGCUUUAAUAAAUUGUGUUGGUGGAAUUGUACUUUAUUAUAUACUACCAGAAACGGAAGGUAGAACGUUAAGAGAAAUCGAGGAACAUUACGCUGGAGUACAAAGUUUAAAAAAUCGACCAAAGAAAGAAGAGCUACCGUUCAAAGAAAAAUGGGCGGCUACAAACCCAACUGUUAUUUACGAUGACGAAAGUAAACUUUAAAUUACCAUUUAAGAGU